ACUCAGCCAGUGUGCUUCUGCUCUCUCCAGCCCCGACGCCCCGGUUUCCUACUUACUUCUUUUUCGCUUUUUACCUUUCUCUUUCCUUCGCAGUUCAGCAUGCAGAAACAAGACGCCUCCUCGCACGGGUUCCUGCCUAGCUUCCAACAUUUCGCCACGCAGGCCAUCCAUGCGGGCCAGGAACCGGAGCAGUGGAACUCCCAGGCUAUGGUGCCUCCCAUCUCACUGUCCACCACGUUCAAGCAAGGGGCGCCCGGCCAGCAUUCGGGUUUUGACUACAGCCGUUCUGGAAAUCCCACUAGGAACUGUUUGGAAAAAGCAGUGGCAGCACUGGAUGGAGCUAAGCACAGUUUGGCCUUUGCUUCGGGUUUAGCAGCCACUGUGACGAUUACCCAUCUUUUAAAAGCAGGAGACCAUAUUAUUUGCAUGGAUGAUGUAUAUGGAGGUACGAACAGGUACUUCAGGAAGGUGGCAGGUGAAUUUGGAUUAAAGAUUUCUUUUGUUGAUUGUUCCCAAACCAAAUUGCUAGAGGCAGCAAUUACACCAGAAACCAAGCUUGUUUGGGUUGAAACCCCCACGAACCCUUGCUUGAAGAUGAUUGACAUUGAAGCUUGUGCACAUAUAGUCCAUAAGCAUGGAGACAUUAUUUUGGUUGUGGAUAACACUUUUAUGUCAGCAUAUUUCCAGCGGCCUUUGGCUCUGGGAGCUGAUAUUUGUAUGUAUUCUGCAACAAAAUAUAUGAAUGGCCACAGUGAUGUUGUAAUGGGCUUAGUGUCUGUUAAUUCUGAAGACCUCCAUAGCAGGCUUCGUUUCUUGCAGAAUUCUCUUGGAGCGGUUCCGUCUCCUGUUGACUGCUACCUGUGCAAUCGAGGUCUGAAGACUCUACAUAUCCGAAUGGAGAAGCAUUUCAAAAACGGAAUGGCAGUUGCCCAGUUCCUGGAAUCUAAUCCCCGGGUGGAAAAGGUUAUUUAUCCUGGGCUGACCUCUCAUCCUCAGCAUGAGCUGGCCAAGCGUCAGUGCACAGGCUGCCCAGGGAUGAUCAGCUUUUAUAUUAAGGGCACUCUUCAACAUGCUGAGACCUUCCUCAAGAACCUAAAGUUAUUUGUUCUGGCUGAGAGUUUGGGAGGAUAUGAAAGUCUUGCUGAGCUUCCGGCAGUCAUGACCCAUGCAUCAGUGCCAAAGAAUGACAGAGAUAUCCUUGGAAUUAGUGACACCUUGAUUCGACUCUCUGUGGGAUUAGAGGAUGAAAAAGACCUGCUGGAAGAUCUAGAACAAGCUCUAAAGGCAGCACACCCUUCAAGUGGAAAUCACAACUAGCAUUCCAGAACUGCUAUUAGAAGCUGCUUUACUGAGAAGCUUGACUCUUCCAAAUUAUUGAUGGCACCAUUAAUGAGCCUUUGCAGAAUUUUCAAGUGAAAAAUUUAAGGCACCUUAUUACUGUUCACAACUGCAACCUUCCAGGAAUCUUCCCUGUUAAAAACAGUUUUCUGUAUAUGUUAUUAUAACUGACAGAUCAAUGCUGUUGAUGUUUUUUUGUUAUACAUUUGCCUCUGAAGGAGGUGAGAU